AUGAGUUUCAAUGUGAUUUCACUGCAAAAUGAUUAUUAUCUGAAUUUAAAGGAUCAUAUAGACUUUUCAGUUCCAUUUUGGUAUAUUCCAUAUCUAAACUCCAUUGGUUUGAUCUCACUGGUGCUUAAUAACGCUGUGUUGUUGCUCAUUAUAUUUAAAAGCGAGAAAAUCGAUAACUUCAAGUAUUUUUUGCUUGCUCUGCAAAUAUCAUGUAUGAUGACCGACUCCCAUUUGAGCAUUUUAACCCAGCCAAUGCUUUAUCUACCGAUUUGGACCACCAAUUGCCUUGGGGUAGCAGCUUCUGCAGUUUGGUGCAAUUCUCUGAUAGCUCUGGAGCAGGGCUUCAACACUUUUCAAUAUGCCUGCUUGCUCUUCUGCUUUAUGCGAAGACACCAGACACUUGCAAAAAUCAUGAACAAGCAUGUUAUCCCGGCUACCGCGUUUAAGUGUCUUAUGAUCAUUGGAUUUAA